AUGUUCCACCUUAAAAUUCAGUAUUACAGAAAUGAGUUUAUAUUUAAAGAGCGUGAGGACGAUCUGAAAAGGCUGUCUCGCCCGCUGGCCUGCACCUGCUUCAGAACGUCUAUUUGGGACGAGACACUGUAUAAAGCCUGGUCCAGCAUCGUCUAUCAGCUCAUUCCUAACGUACAGCAGCUCGAGUGCAACCUGCGCAACUUCGCUCAGAUCAUUGAGGCAGACGAAGUCUUGCUUUUUGAAAGAGCUACUUUCCUGGUGAUCUCUCAUUAUCAGUGUAAGGAGCAGCGAGAUGCUCAUCGCUUCGAGAAGAUCAGUAACAUCAUCAAGCAGUUCAAGCUGAGCUGCAGUAAACUGGCCGCCUCUUUCCAGAGCAUGGAAGUGCGCAACUCUAACUUCGCUGCCUUCAUCGACGUGUUCACGUCCAACACCUACGUCAUGGUGAUCAUGUCAGACCCGUCCAUACCGUCCGCUGCCACCCUCAUCAACAUCAGGAACGCCAGGAGACACUUCGAGAAGCUGGAGCGUGUGGACGGGCCCAAGCACAGUCUGCACAUGCGCAUGCGCUAGCCUCGCCGCAUACAGCGGUGGUGGACGAUCCAGAAGAUUUCCUCCUGUCUUGCUGACUUCACUCGCAUCCAGUGUUUCUGCUGAGAAACUAAGUCACCUUCUGUUAACAUGCUUGUUUUCCUCGCUGAUGUUGCAAAGGAUCUGUAGUUCUUAAUCAUAAACCACAGGUCGAGGGGUUGAAUGUCGUCAUGACCCCUUAAUAUCUGAUGUUUGUGCUGUACGCUGACUGCUGAGUUACCGAUAGUCAGGAACGCUAGAUCGUUCUUUCUCUGUGUGUCUUUUAUAUGAAGCAUUAUCAGCUUGCUGUACUGUGUUUGCAGAUGUUGAAAACGAGAGCAGAAUGCUGUGACUAAAACUGGUCUUUCUAAAUUAACAACUUGAUCUACAAAUGUAUUGUAUUAUAAUUGUUCUCAAUAAAUACAGAUCUUUCUGUGCAACAAAACCAGAGUUAUGGAGAUUAUGAAGUUAAUGGUUAACUGGUUUAUGAGGAGCCCAUCUACACCUUUAAUGGCUGUAGUGAAAGCAGCCUCUUAAUUAGAAUAAUUAGGCCAAUUGCAGGUUAUUUUUCUGUAUUUAUCAUUAGUGUACAUAUUGAUUUAUUAAGUGUGUCCUGUGUUCAGUUGCAAACAUUCCAUUCCAUAAUCCCUCAUUUCUUUAAUCAAACUUCUCACUUCACCUUCUGUGCCUUCAUCAGAAAGUUAAAAAAUAAACAUAUUUGCUAAUAAGUCUGUUAUAGGAAUACUGUAUGUGGGAAGAGUUCGAAAACCAGCAG